AUGACGCCCCCUCCGACGUAUAUCUCCCGUGAGGCUCUGCCCAACCACGUCUACCAGCUGCCUAAGAGCAUGCAGCCCCAGCCGUCGCUUUCGCGAUACUGGUGCCGCGCCAGCAUCACGCACUUGACCACUUCGUCCAAGAGCGACCCUGAUGGCACCAUCUUGUCCUUCAUCCGCGUCUUUCGUCGGCCUGGUGGGUAUGGGCUUCGCAAGGACAACUUCAGCGUGUGUCCCUGUUGCGUCCUCUCGAAGGAGGGGAAGUGUGUUGAGAUUGACCCUGUCUUCCGUUGA